CUGAAUAGAAGCUGAAAUAGGAACAGACGAGACCGUACAGCAGAAAGCGAACUGAACUGUCACUUCCACUUGGCGACUUGGCUGUUGGCUGAGUUGGCUCAUUUCAUUGUAUGGUUAGGAGUUAGGACGGUGUCUGUAACCUGCUUUAUUAGCUCUUAAAAUUUCUUAUAUAAGUUGUGAUAUAUUGGGUUUUAUUAAAUUUAAAAUGGAAUCUAAACCCAGAGUAUUUGUCGUAGGAGUUGGAAUGACCAAGUUUGAGAAGCCUGGACGCAGAGAUGACUUUGAUUAUCCUCAGAUGGCCCAGGAAGCAGUAGUCAAAGCAUUAGAAGAUGCAAAACUCCCUAUUGGUUCUGUUGAGCAGGCCUGUAUAGGAUAUGUUUAUGGUGACUCUACUUGUGGUCAAAGAGCAAUUUACCAGUUGGGAAUGAAUGGUAUUCCAAUGUACAAUGUGAACAACAAUUGCGCCACCGGCUCCACGGCAUUGAUUCUUGCUAAACAGCUCGUUGAAACUGGAAACAGUCACUGUGUAUUAGCUUUGGGUUUUGAGAAAAUGGAACGAGGAUCACUCAUGUCUAAGGUAUUAAAUACUUUUUCAGAGAUGCUAGAGGUAUUUGAGAAAAUUGCCCUUGUUUGUGUUAUCGAUCUCAUAAUUUGUUUAUUGUGUUUUGUAAACAGAUACUCUCAAUUCAGACACGAGUACACUCUGGAAGAGAUAAUGAACUCUCCUCACGUUUUUGGACCUUUGACAAAACUGCAGUGCUGUCCAACUUCUGAUGGCGCUGCUGCUGCAAUUAUAGCUUCUGAGCAAUUUGUUAUUGCUAAUAAUCUGCAACACAAAGCUGUCGAGAUAUUGGGAAUUGAGAUGUCCACCGACCUACCGUCAACCUUCAAUGAAAGAAGCUGCAUUAAAAUCGUUGGCUAUGACAUGACAAAAAAUGCUGCUGAGAAGCUGUAUAAAAAAACAAAUACAAAACCAAUUGAAGUUGAUGUUAUUGAACUGCAUGACUGUUUUUCUGCCAAUGAACUGAUCACCUACGAAGCUUUGGGGCUCUGCUCCCCUGGAACCGCUAAAGAUUUCAUUGAUGCUGGACAAAACACUUAUGGAGGAAGGCAUGUCAUCAAUCCGAGUGGAGGGUUGAUCUCAAAGGGUCAUCCUUUAGGAGCGACAGGUAUAGCUCAAUGUGCUGAACUGUGCUGGCAAUUGCGUGGUGAAGCUGGUAAUAGACAGGUGCCUAAUGCUAAACUGGCCCUUCAACAUAACAUUGGAUUGGGUGGAGCUGUAGUUGUUGCCUUAUAUAGGUUGUAUAGACCUCGUCCUACUACCAGCUCGUCCAUUUCGAAAACUCUAUUGAGCAGCGGACCAAACCCAGACAUUUUCAAAGCAUCCGUUUUGUUCAAAGCUCUUAAAGGAGCAAUGGAAGAGGACUCUGACAAUCUUAUUGAGCGUGUGAGAGGCAUCUAUUGUUUCAAGGUGAAAAACGGUCCCAAUGGCGCAGAGGGUAUGUGGAUCAUCAAUGCUAAAACAGGAAAAGGUUCUGUUGAAUUCAAUGGAAAAGACAAACCAGACGUGACAUUCAUCAUGAACGAUGAAGACGUGGUUGAUCUGAUCUCGGGCAAAAUGAAUCCUCAAAAGGCAUUCUUCCAGGGAAAAAUAAAAAUUCAAGGCAAUAUGGGCUUGGCAAUAAAACUGACUGAACUACAGAAAAAAGCUAGCAAGAGAAUCGAAGAACUACGCUCAAAAUUGUAGAGUUUCAUUUUAAGAUCUAAAAUAAUUAUAUGUAAAGUGUUAUUUGGUUUUUAAAAUGAUAUUAAUAAAUUAGGUUCUAGAGGUUUCAUAUCAUUAGUUUUAGAGCAUUGCUAUAUCAUUGAAACUUCAUCUUCGCAUUCCUGAUGUUUUAUAUAUUAUAAUCAUAGUAUUGGAAUAAUUAUUAAAUAUUCUUUAUGUGCCCAGUCUUAGUAACUAGUAUUUUAUAUUUUUCUACACAUACCUAUGUACAAUCAAUAUUAGAUUAGAACAAAAGUUCAACUUCAAUUAUCGUUUAGUAUUUUAAUAAACUACUUAAUUAGUAGUUGAAAAACCAGCAAUAGAAUAGGUUUUAAAGAUAUUAUCUUUUUAAUAUUAAAACCUCUGUAAUCAGGCAAAACUAAAAUAAACAUUGUAUUUAAUUAUAUGAAACAGUCUUGAAGGCAAUUUAGGUAGAAAACUCAUGUUUUUUCAUCGUGUGUGAUGAAUUUUUUGGAGUUGUUGUAAUAGAAAAUGAAUUAAUAAUCAUUCUGACUCUGUAAACUGAAUGCUGAAUGUAGACUGAUGGACUGAUGCUGUGAUGCUAUCAACCAUGAUCUGCUAAAUGAGCCUGAUCUGUGACUAAUCAUGACUAAUAACUGGAUAAUCAAUUCCAUAAUGUAUUGUUCAUCCUUCCUAUGCUGUCAACGUUUAUAAUAGCUUCAAUUCUUCAAAUGUAGGAUUGUUUUAUUUUAUCCAGUAAUUAUUGUCAUAUAUUAUUCACGAAUAACUGAAACCCAUGAAGGGUAUUCAUAGCCUUCUUUAUUGAUACAUAAUAUAUGUUGACAUACUUUUACUUUUAAAAUCAGUAGAUUCUCAUAAUACUCAUACAAUAUUUUUAGCAUACGUGCAAAAUACUCAAAUACAUCAAAGUAAUAUUGCAAAUUAAUUAUUAUCAUAGAUUGUCUAUAAAACGUGCCUCUCAAAUAGCAGCAAUAAAUUCAUUCGAUAAGACUUCAAAUCUGAAAGAUGCCUGAACUAGUUAAUAAUUAUAUUAAUAUGAGAGACGAUAUUAUAUAUUAUAUUUAUAAAAUGCAAUUUUAUUUAUUAGGAUACUUGUUGAAUUUUCUAUAAUGGAAUUUGGUGCUAUGGAGUUUGGUUUCAAGGUGAAUUUGUACUUUUCAAUAAACUUCCUGUUCUAGUUUA